AUGUCAAAAGGCAUCAUUACUCAAGGAGCCGCUGGCAGGCCACGUCCAAAACCCCGUCCAAUUGCCCUCGUCAUCUCGAAUGAGUGGUGCGAUAAAGCAGUUAGGCAGCAGAAUGAUAGAGAACGUUACAGCCUCGACUGGGCGAUACCUGGUUCUCUUUUCCCCCAGGCAAAUCCUGAGCCAAAGGACCUCAGUGGCACAGUGCUCUUGGUGCUGGUUCUCAUUGCAGACAUGACCAACGGCGGCGUGCAGGGACCCAUCGAGGGCUACAACUCGCUGGACGACCUGCUGACCACCACUCCGACAGCUGGACAGGCGGCCAUGCUAUUGCCCACCGCGCCCACCGCCGCCUAUACGCAUCCCAAAUGGAUGGAGCCCUACUUUGAUCCCUCGACGCCGCGCAAUGUCACCGCUCUCAUGGGCAAGUCCGCCUAUCUCAGCUGCCGUGUGCGCAAUUUGGCCAACAAAACGGUAUCCUGGAUCCGUCACCGCGACAUCCACAUACUGACCGUGGGCUCCUACACAUACACCUCCGACCAGCGGUUCCAGGCCACUCACCACCAGGACACCGAGGACUGGACGCUCCAGAUAAAGUGGGCCCAGAAACGGGACGCAGGCAUGUACGAGUGCCAGAUAUCGACGCAGCCGGUGCGCAGUUACUUCGUCCGCCUGAAUGUCGUCGUGCCAACGGCCACCAUCCUGGGAGGUCCUGACCUUCACGUUGAUAAAGGCAGCACCAUAAAUCUCACUUGCACUGUAAAGUUCAGCCCCGAACCGCCGGCCUACAUCUUCUGGUAUCAUCACGAGGAGGUCAUUAAUUAUGAUUCAUCAAGAGGCGGCGUGUCGGUAAUUACCGAAAAGGGCGAUGUGACAACCUCAUUUCUGCUCAUCCAGAAUGCAGAUCUGGCCGAUUCGGGCAAAUAUUCCUGUGCGCCCUCCAAUGCAGAUGUUGCCAGUGUGCGUGUGCAUGUCCUAAAUGGUGAACAUCCGGAGGCGAUGCAAACUGGCUCAUCCGGUUGUCAGUACAAUUGGCUGACAAUUGUCCUGCUGCUGGGCCUUGUCCUUUGCUACAGUCGCCAGUGCAGCGCCGUCCUGCCAGCGUCCUUGCCAUCAACUCCUCGGUCAUCCUCGACAGGAUCACAGAUGGCAGCCAGUGAAAGUGAUACAGCAUCAGCAACCACAGCAGCGGCGACGGCGACAACGAGGAAGCGGUGUCCAGCGGUCAAGAGCUGUCGCCAGGCCUGCUCCGGUCAGGUCCUGGCCAAGAGGUCCUGUCACAGAUGAUCGAACGG